AUUUACCCUCUCAAUUUUCGCGCCACUCUUUUUUGCUUCGAGUCAACACCUCAAGUCCGCUUUACUUCUCCAAGACCAAUCCUUGAAGGUAAGCGUUGAAGCCAGGGAGGCGGGGGGGCGAGUAGGCACGCCUAGAGAGUCGUUUCUUUCGUUUUUCGUGUCUUUUUAAGGCUUAUGCACGUACUAACAUCCUCUUGUCCACGUGCGAGCUUUUGCAUGUUUACCUCUCCAUUUCUGCGUGAGAGCUUUUGGAUCCUGCUGACGUUUCAAGACGAGCCAACAAGUCAACGAGUAUCUGCAUCAAUUCAACACCUCCUACUUGCUUCCUCACAAGCCAAGACCUUGCUUCCUCGGAAAGGUUAAGUGUUGAAACGAGGGAGGUGGGGGGGUGAAUAGCCCGCCUCGAGUGUCUGAUAUUCAAUUUCGUAUGUCGUUUUUUCAAUUCUUGCAUGCAAUGCAACUAACCGUUUCUUUCGGGUCCUUUUUCCUCUUGCAUGUUCGCUUCUUGCAGAUUCAAAUGAAGACGCUGAAGACCGCCCUUGCUGCUCCAGUCAACGUCCUCGCUGCUUCAACCAGCGCUGAGUGGCCCUCUAUGGUAAAAGUUCACUUAUUAGCACAUGUCAAUUCUUUCUUCAUGGCGCAGUUUGAAUUCUUCUGUCCCUUUGACUAAUUUGAGUUCCCCUUUUCCCCUCUCAGGUCGCAAUGGCCUCCACUCAAUAUCCCUGCGCCUCCAUUCGACACUGCUGCUCCAGUCAACGCGGGUGCUCCAGUCAACGCGCGUGUUGCAGUCAACGCGGAUGUUGCAGUCAACGCGGAUGUUGCAGUCAACGCGGAUGUUGCAGUCAACGCGGAUGUUGCAGUCAACGCGGAUGUUGCAGUCAACGCGGGUGUUUCAUUCAUGACAACACGGGCGCUCCGGUGAACGCGGUUGCUGCUGCAGUCAGCGCCCCUGCUACUCCAGUCAAGGCUGAGUAUCUCUUUACACUCAAUUCUUUCUUGCAUCUCACACCACUCUAGCUGCGUGUAGCACACCCUAGCCCCCCCACCUCUCAGGUUCAGACUACCGGGUGAAUAUCCCCCACUGCAGCGAUGCUUUCAUCAUGGCUCAUUUGCAUUCAUCCGUUUGUCCUUUGCAUUUUUGCAUUCAUCCGUUCGUCCUUUGUUUGCUUCAGCUUCAGCUUCUGACGUUAUCCUCCUUUGUUGUCACUUGGACUGAUUGUGUUUCUUAUCCUCCCCCUCCCUUCCCCCUUCCCCCUGGCAGUUCGCUGCUAUUUUAAGGCAAAGCUGUGGUGUUCCAGUCAACGUGGGUGUUCAAGUCAACGUGGGUGUUCUAGUCAACGCUGUGGUGUUCCAGUCAACGUGGGUGUUCUAUUCAACGCUGUGGUGUUCCAGUCAACGCUGUGGUGCUCCAGUCAACGGUGUACUGCUCCAGUCAACGCUGUGGCGCUCCAGGUUAUCCCCUGAUCCUUGCUGGAAUCACCUUCAUCUACUAAAGACACAGAAGACCUCGCUGCCUGCUGCUGCUGGGCCCUUCCACUGGCGGCCUUCCAGUGUUGGCUCCAAGUUCUGAGUUUUGAGGCAGCAGCACCCAACUCCGGCACUCGCAGACAAGUAUCAGCACACCUCCAUGACUCCCUCACUGCUUCAGCAACUUUUCCUCGCUUUAUUCAUUCAUCUCCCAUGGCCCCCAACUGCCUGUCGCACAUCCGAGGGUCCCCAGGUAGGUAUCAGGUUCAGACUGAAAUAUGAGGUAUUCCUCCCACUGCAGGUGCAAAAUUUCUCCAAGUGAAUGGUAUCCCCUUGGGUGUGCUACAGCUGGUAUCCCCAUUGCUCUCAUUCCCGCUGCUCACAUCACCCUUGCUGCUGUCGUCGUUCUCCUCUUGCCCCUCUAACGACCCUAACCUCCCCACUCCCCCGGUUCCCCUCCCCCUCCUCAUCGUCUCAGUUGUUUGUUCUCAAGUCUUGGCUGCCUUCUCUGAAGACCUGCCGGUCUCUUUCUGCUGCUGCCCUUCCACUGGCGGCCUCUGGUGCGGAAAGGGCACCAAGUUCUGUUCUGAGGCAGCAGCACCUAACUCCCAACCAAGGCACCACCCCUACAUGGACCGUCGCUUGCAGAUAAGUAUUGGCACACCUCCAUGACUCCCUCACUGUCGUUUUCUCGCCUUUUUCAUGCAUCUACUGCCUGUAGCACACCCAGGGCCCCCCCAGGUAUCAGGUUCAGACUCCAGGCGAAGUGCUUCCGCAUCCAGCUGUACUCGUUUCUAGUGCUUCACUAUAAUUUCCUGGUUGGACUAACUUCGUUUCUCUCCCAUCCCCUCCUACAGGUUCCCCUUGAAGAACUCAUGAAAGGCAGCAAUGGGUGCUGCUGCUGGUGCUGGAGGUGGUGGAAGUGGUGGUGGCGGUGGUGCUGGUGCUGGUGUUGGGAGUGGUAGAAGGGGGGGGCGUGGUGGUGUGAGUGGGGUUGUGGGUUAAUCUCAAGCCUGGGCCCAAUACCUGCACGUUAAAGCAUAAAGGACAGCAACAGACCGUGCGGCCGGCGGUUCUGGUUUGGUCCCCUCUUGCUACGUCAGUGAGGGGUUCAGGUUUUGAGGUUAGCUCACAGCCCUUCUGGUGGUGGUGGUGGUGCCGGGUGGUUGCAGUGGAGGGGCGGUGAGAUUUCCUGGGUAAGGGGAGGGCAUGGAAGGGGAAGGGGGUUGAAGUCUCCAGGGUAAGGGCAGGUGGGGGGAGGGGGGCUGAAACCCCCAGGUUGAAGCGAGCAAUGGGCAGAGGAACCCCCCUCUUCUGCCUUUUGCUCGCUUCAACCUGGGGAAUUCAACCGCCCUCUCUUGCCGCACUCGCCUUACCCUGGAGGGUUCAGCCCCCUUGGCCUUCCUUGCUCUCCCAUCACCCAGGGAGUUUCACCCCCUCUCCAUUGCCACUCCCUUGCCUUGCCCUCCUCUUCCUCGGGUGGUUUGGAGAGGUGGUGAGAUGAUGUGGGGUGGUGGUGGUGAGGUGAUGUGCUAUCAUGCUAUGGCAUGCCACACUGGCGACAAGGAUGGGGGCUCGCAGUAGUGGUGAGGGGAGCUCGAUCGACCAUGCAGUGGGAUCAAAUAUUGUACCUAGUCCACAAGGGCUGGUAACUAAUUUUGCUGCCUGUUUCAAUGUAUACUAGAGCUCCAGCAUUUUAAUGGACCAUGAAUUGCUGCUCCGUAGCUGAAAAUUGUUCUCAUGAAUUGUGCUGAGUU